UUAGAUUCAUUUCCAACUGCCAACCACAUAAAAUCAAACUUUGUCAAUCAGGCAUCGAGUGAUUCCGAACUUGCCAAACAUCGAAUGAAACCAUUUACUGAAAGCUUGUCUGAGAUUACAACAGAAACGAAAAAGCAUCCAGAGAAAGAUGGUGUCGUUGCAUCAGCGAAAAGUAAUUUUCUUCCAGGCAUGGCCAACAUGAAACACAAUGUGUCAGAAAAAGUUGCUCAAGUUCUUUCAUUAGGGGCUGACGUGCUGCCCGAAUACAAGCUCCAGUCCCCACGGAUCCACCGGUGCACAAUCCUGCACUACUCUGCAUUCAAGGCAGUGUGGGACUGGAUCAUCCUACUGCUGGUGAUCUACACGGCCAUCGUGACGCCAUACGUGGCAGCCUUCCUGCUGAGCGAGGAGAAGAAGAGUCAGGAGAAGCAGACGGUGGAGGAGCGCUACUCCAAGCCGCUGACCAUCAUCGAUCUGAUCGUCGACAUCAUGUUCAUCAUCGACAUCCUCAUCAACUUCCGCACCACCUACGUCAACAAGAAUGAUGAGGUCGUCAGCCACCCAGGCAAGAUCGCCGUACACUACUUCAAGGGCUGGUUCCUCAUCGACGUUGUUGCGGCCAUCCCCUUCGACCUGCUGCUCUUCGGAGCGGAGACAGAUGAGGUACAAACAACAACUUUGAUUGGAUUACUAAAAACAGCACGACUGCUGCGAUUGGUCCGAGUGGCCAGAAAGCUGGACAGAUACUCUGAAUAUGGUGCUGCUGUGUUACUGUUGCUAAUGGCAACAUUUGCUUUAAUUGCUCAUUGGCUAGCCUGUAUAUGGUAUGCAAUAGGAAACGUGGAGAGACCGUACCUAGAGGAACCAAAGAUUGGCUGGCUUGAUGAGUUGGCACGCCAGACAAGGCAAUAUUAUUACGAAAACAUGACAAACAGUGGACCAUCCAUCAAGUCGAGAUAUGUGACUGCUCUCUAUUUCACGUUUAGCAGUUUGACUAGUGUAGGAUUUGGCAAUAUUUCGCCUAAUACAAAUUCAGAGAAGAUUUUUUCAAUUCUUGUGAUGUUAAUAGGAUCUCUAAUGUAUGCGAGUAUCUUCGGUAAUGUUUCAGCAAUAAUCCAAAGAUUAUAUUCAGGGACUUCUAGGUAUCAUACACAGAUGCUGAAAAUCAAGGAAUUCAUUCGGUUCCAUCAAAUUCCAAAUCCCCUACGUCAGCGUUUGGAGGAAUACUUUCAACAUGCAUGGUCAUAUACUAAUGGUAUAGAUAUGAACAUGAUAGCUGAGGUUUUGAAAAGUUUUCCUGAAUGUUUACAAGCUGAUAUUUGUUUACAUUUAAAUAGAAAUCUUCUCAGUAAUUGCCCAGCUUUUAAAGGAGCCAGCCCUGGCUGUCUUCGAGCACUUUCCAUGAAGUUUAAAACCACACACGUGCCACCCGGCGACACUCUGGUUCACCAUGGUGACGUCCUCACUGCUCUGUAUUUUAUAUCUCGGGGGUCGAUAGAAAUCCUCCGAGACGAUAUUGUUGUAGCUAUUUUAGGUAAAGAUGAUGUAUUUGGUGAAAACUUGUGGUCCAAUGAUGUGAUUGGGAAAUCGAGUUGUAAUGUGCGUGCCUUGACCUACUGUGAUUUGCAUAAGAUACACCGUGAUGACCUUAUUGAGGUUCUGGACAUGUAUCCAGAGUUUGCCGUACAUUAUAUGAAAAACCUCGAAAUCACCUUCGAGCUCCGAGAUGAGAAUCUGGUGGUUCCGAUACACAGUGAUGAUUAUAGCAGUCGUCAAAGCAUAAGGCGUCGGAGGAAUCGGCAACCGUCGCCAUACCGACGAUCCUUUGACUCUCAGUUUCCUGAUGAUGAUCUUCCAGUUAUUGCCUUGCAAGAUGAUCUGGGAUCAAAUUACCACACAAAGUGCCGAAAAUUAAACAUCUUCACCCAGCAGUAUAAAGGUGAUGAGGAGCAGGAUGCGGCGGUGGCUGAGGACUUUGAGGAUGCGGAGGACGAUGAAGUCCGGGAGAGUGGGGCGGGAAUACUUGAGUUCAGUGCUGCAAAGGCAGGCCAGGACGUGACGCCAGCGAACUUCAACUUCCCGGCUAAAGAUGAUCGCAAGAGGCAAGCUGCAGGUGGCUUACCAUCAUUUGCAGGUAGUGUCUGGGGAGGUGCAGCACUGUCUGGUGUGAGCUCUCUAAUGAAUGCAAUGACUGGGAGAUAUGACACAGGGAAAAGGUCGCAAGAGUCGGCUCCCUUGUUACAAGAACAAAGUCCAGAACCUCCUCACAAGGGUACGUCCAUGUCGAGCGUUCCCAAGUCCACAUCGAGUAUGACACUUCCAGUAUCCAGUCCUUCCAGCCAGUCGCAGUUUGACGAUGGGGGCCUCUAUGUGACACAGCAUCGAACCCUCCUCCCCGACGGCUCCAUCCACACCGGGCCAUCGAGCCCUGUCGAUGUCGAGAGGAGGCUGGAGGAUCUCGCAAGUCAGUUAUCACGGUUGGAGAACAAGAUGAGCUCCGACAUUGCAAUGAUCCUCAAGAUACUCCGCCAUCAGUCGACGCCAAGAGGAGACCACUCUGAAGACUCGCCACCAGGUGGUGACUCGGGUGACUCGAGUGAUGGCAACUUCCCUCCCCCUCCAGCAGACAUAUAUCCUCCACCGGAGUACGAGGGUAACUUCGACUUCCCCCCACCACCGGCUCCUUCACUGUAUCCUCAGUCAAAGCAGAGUGAUGAAGGGAUGCAAGAACACAGACAGCCUGGGGAUACGUUAUCCCCAUUAUCUCCCCAAUCUCUACCCAGCAACCAUUCCAGUCAAACUCAACCACUCAUCAGCCAAUCAUCUCCCUCCUCAAAUCUCACCAGCCAAUCAGAGCUCUCCCCAAUCGGGGACGUCCAAUCAGCAGCAGAUCCAGAUCCAGCCAGCCAAUUGGAGCAUCAUGCUUCAAGUGAUUUAGAUCCACAGGUUACGGUAGCUGACCAAUCAGGUGUUCCGCUGACAUCCGAGCAGCAGAGACAGUUAGGAUUACCUGAAGGUGUCAAUAUGAGAAACACAUUCGUCUGACAGUUAAUGUUCAAUGUAACAACAUUAUCAACAGAAUGUAACAUUCUCAAACUUAUGACAUGUGUCUUAUUGCAGUUAUUAGAGACAAAUAAAAACAAAAAAUAUCAUCACCUUCAGAACAUUGUUAGUACAAUAAUAUAUAUAUUGUAAUGUUUGAAAGAUAACAAAAUGACCUCCCCUAGUUUAAUUAUAAUAGUUACCUUCCCUGCAGAUCUAACAAUCGACAUUCUUCAUUUCCAAUUUUGUAUUAAACUAGUUGAAAUGAGAUGUUGUGUGAACCUUGAUAACCUUGAUAACUGAGUAAUAUAAAAAAAAGACUCAAACUCCAUCUAAAUGUAAAGUUUUUUUUAAACAGUAGAGUUGAUUUGUUGCCAUUGUAUUAUG